CGCGGCUGCCGACUUCGGCUUCUCGGCCUCGCAGGCUGCCUUCGGGGCUCAUCGGCCGGCGGCGGGACGCGGAACCGGGCCGGCACCUCCUCCCCGCGCGCUCCACGCUCGGCGCCCGUGCGGAGGGAACAAUGACGGCUUCCUGCGUCGUGCUGCACACGGGGCAGAAGAUGCCCCUGAUUGGACUGGGCACCUGGAAGAGUGAGCCUGGCCAGGUGAAAGCAGCCAUUAAAUAUGCCCUGAGUGUAGGCUACCGCCACAUUGACUGUGCUGCCAUCUAUGGCAAUGAGACGGAGAUCGGGGAGGCCCUCAAGGAGAGUGUGGGACCCGGCAAGGCAUUGGCCCGGGAGGAACUGUUUGUGACGUCCAAGCUGUGGAACACCAAGCACCACCCCAAGGACGUGGAGCCUGCUCUGCGGAAGACGCUGGCUGAUCUCCAGCUGGAGUACUUGGAUCUGUACCUGAUCCACUGGCCCUAUGCCUUCGAGCAAGGAGAUGACCCCUUCCCGAAGAAUGCCGACGGGACUAUCCGCUACGACUCUAUCGACUACAAGGAGACCUGGAAGGCUCUGGAAGCCCUGGUGUCCAAGGGGCUGGUGCGGGCCCUGGGCCUGUCCAACUUCAGCAGCCGGCAGAUCGAUGAUUUGCUCAGUGUGGCCUCCGUGCGCCCCGCUGUCUUGCAGGUAGAAUGCCAUCCAUUCCUGGCUCAGAAUGAGCUGAUUGCCCACUGCCAGGCACAUGGCCUGGAGGUGACUGCCUACAGCCCCCUGGGCUCCUCUGAUCGCGCUUGGCGUGAUCCGAAUGAGCCCGUCCUGCUUGAAGACCCUGUGAUCUCGGCAUUGGCGAAAAAGUAUAACCGGUCGCCAGCCCAGAUCUUGCUCAGGUGGCAGGUCCAGCGGAAAGUGAUCUGCAUCCCCAAAAGCAUCACACCAUCCCGGAUCCUUCAGAACAUCCAGGUGUUUGACUUUACCUUAACCCCGGAGGAGGUGAAGCAGAUAAAUGACCUGAAUAAAAAUUGGAGAUACAUCGUGCCCAUGGUUACGGUGGAUGGGAAGAGGGUCCCAAGAGAUGCAGGGCAUCCUCUGUACCCCUUUAAUGAUCCCUACUAAGACGACAGCUUCUGGCUUCCUUUCCAGCUCUCCGGCUGUAAGGUCCUGCCAUCCUCAAGGGGGAGUUAAUAAAACUAUUGGAGCAUCCACAAUU